AGCGAAUAUUUGUUAUCUACAUAAACUGGAAUGAAUUGAGAAUAGUUAGUCGCUAGUAUCGCUGGAUGUUCGCUACAUAUACUCAGUCAUAAAUGAAAAGACAAUCGCUGUAGUAAAGGUGAACGUUUUGCACGGAUUAGGCGCGUUGAAGUGUUGGAAAUUAUCCGUUUUCCCACUAAUGAACGCGACGUUAUGAACAUUGGAAAGUUUUGAAAUCUAAGACAGAACGCGGAAUGCAUCUGGAAUCUUUGUAUAAGGUUUGUUGCCAAAGAUGUCAACUGAGUAAAGACAAUUUCUGUUGAAUAUCUACCAAACAAAAACUCCUUAAGUGAAUGGACAAUUAAUUGUGUAAAUCAAUACGAAACGUUGGUUUCAUGAUGGAUUUGAUGUCUAUGAAAGCGUCUCGGAGAAAACAGAGCAAGCCUAUACGGGUAUCGUAUGAAGACUCUGAUAUGCCAAUGGCCACUGUAGACACAGCACCUCUGCAGAAUGAAGAGUUUGUAAAUGGUGACAGCAUGGACAGUAACGAUUUUGAGCAAGAAAAGGAGAAUAAAUAUGCAGAAAAUGUUGAAGAGCGAGAGCGUGUUGAUAAAACUGACUUGGAUAUGGUUCCUAUGAAUCUGGCAAUUCGUGACUCAUCGUCAUUUCCGACGGCGUAUCACAGACUGGCUAGCGAGUUUUCCAUGAAGAACAUUUUCAUUCCUAAUGGACAUAAUAACAAUGCUAUGGAUGGUGAAAAUAACGUGGAUAAGAACGGGAAUGACAUGGUGGAUGGUGAAUUCAGUGAACAAGGUGACGGUGAAAAACCAAAGGAUCGGUCGGGAAUUUUCCAUCCGGACGCUUAUUGCGAACUGUGUGAUAAGGAAUUUUGUAACAAGUACUUCCUUAAGACUCAUAAAGCUAAUAAGCAUGGAAUAUAUGAGAACUGUCCCUCUCCAUUUCCACAGAGCAUUAACUCGCUCCCGCCCAGUAUGGUGUUACCUCAGGACUACUCCAGCUUACCAUUCAAGAUAGGCCUGGAUUAUCAUCUACCUCCCUUGAAGACAAAUGGUUUCCCAGCCAAGCCACCCACCCCUCAACUUACGCCCACAAGCUUACCCGCCUCAUCACCAGACCACUGCCCUCCGAUAUCCCAGCCAUUGAGCCAGGGGUCGUCUGUAAAGCCCCCACCUUCAUCUCCGUCGCCACUGAUGCUGACUCCUUCCAAGCCGAAAUCUGAUUCCUCUUCAACAACUGGCUCAGAAAACGGUGACAAGAAAAAUGGCGGGCAGGACAUGGAAGACUUCUGCGAAAUCUGCCAAAAGCAUUUUUGCAAUAAGUACUACCUCAAGAAGCACAAGAAUGAUGUCCACGGCAUUGCUCCACCCGACACCCCCAUGUCUGGGAAGCGGGGCGGUCGACCACCAAACUCUGAAAUGAAGCUGCCAACCACUUCUUCUUCCUCAGAUUUGCCGCUUAUACCUCAUUCCCUUGCCAACCUUCCAGGAAUGCCUAACAUGCCUGGGGUGAUGGUGUUGAAUCCAUUCUUGCCACCAAUGCUGAUCCCGGGAUCUCUGAUGAACCAGCACGGUCCAAUGCCGUCACGACCGCCUCAUAUGCCAAUGAGCUCACCGCUUGCCUAUUCCAUGAACAACCCCUUAAUGUCACUGCCAUCCAUCAGUGAUUCCAAGACAAUCUCUCCAGGUUCGUCAAUCAUGUCCAUGUCUGCUACCUCAUCGUCCUCUUCUGGGUCUAUUUCGGCAGAGGCUCUUCGCAACCUUGGGAUUCCCAUUCCAGACGGAGCCAACCCCAAUGAAGCCCUUCGUCGUAUGGGCCUCAUGUCCCCUGACGGUCAAAUCACAAGCGAUCUGUUGCGUGGAAUGGGCGUCCUCGGCCAAGAAGCCUUCUGCGAUAUUUGUCGCAAAGAAUUCUGCAAUAAGUACUUCCUGAAGAUCCACAAGGCUAACAAGCAUGGAAUUUUCAUGGACGAGCCAAUGAUGCCUCCCUCCAUGGGUGGGGCCAUGAAUAUGAGCCUACCCACAAAACCUGUUGAUGCAACUGCAAAUACCUCAGACGCAAUCCGUUCCAGUGAAAAAGAACAGGCAAAAGACAAUUAUGAAGGAAAUAAACCUGAUACUAGUCCUAAAGCAGCCACUACGCCAGUCAGUCAGCCGAUUGACUACAUGACCCACUGCAAUCUGUGCAAUCAAGAGUUUGCAAGCAAAUAUGCAUACAGAAUUCACCGCAUUCAAGCCCACGGCAUGAUCAAUGAACCAUUCAAUGAGGCUGAACUUGCCGAAGAAGCUUUCCGUCUGCACAAUGGUGAGCUGCCAAAACACAUCAGUGCUAAGAUAGCGGAGGAAAUAUCUGCAAUGGAAAGAAACACCGAAGCUGCUGGGUUCUCCACUAUGUUUGGCAGUAUGGUAGCUGCUAAACUGGCUGAUCGCGUGACAUGUGACAUUUGCAAUAAGGAACUGUGCAAUAAAUACUUCUUGCGAGUGCAUAAGAUGAAAGUGCAUGGGGUUGACCUCCAGUCUCAGGAAAAGUCGCCUAAGCCUGGCACAACAAUUCAGCAGAAUGAGCGCGAGCGUUCACAGAUGAAACUUGACUUCAGUCCAUCUGCUGGCAGCCGAAUCGACUUCAACAGCUUUGCGAGGACGUUCAACCUGAAACCCGACCAUAAGGAGCCCAGUAUGCCCCGCCCGGGAUCAGCAGCCGGAAUGGAUCGUCUGAACGAGUCAGCAGAGCGACCGUCCAAUGAGGAACUGGUGAAAAUGGGCAUGGAUCCAGAGGCGUAUUGUGAGAUUUGCAAGAAAGAGUUCUGCAGCAAAUAUUUCUUGCGCACUCACAAGCAGAAUAUUCAUGGAAUUCCGCCAAAAACUGAGAGCCAGUCCCAGUCAAUGGCUCUACCUAUGUCUAUGCCCCCAACAAUGGUUUCUAUGGCUUCGAUGGUUUCUAUGGCUUCGAUGGCAUCAAUGGCUUCGAUGGCUUCAAUGACAUCGAUGGCCCCUCACUUGGCUCUGUCUACCCCUCUGCUUCCAUCAAACUUUAUGUCGAACAUGUCGCCGUAUGCACAGACGAAGCCCAUGAAUUUGUCGUCAAGUUCUAGUCUGUUUAACAAUAGCUUCAGUGGAAGAUCUAAAAGCGGCUCUGUUGGUAGUUCAGGGAAACCAAGAGAACCACAGAACUCUGCUCGGGUAACAUGCGAAUUGUGCAAUAAAGAACUGUGUAAUAAGUAUUUCCUACGCACCCACAAAAUAAAUAAGCAUGGAAUCCUGCCAGAAGACCUUUCACCAUGCGCUAGUCAGAACAUGUCACCGAAUACAUCGGAUAUUGAGACCUCCAGCAAUUCUUCCUAUCCGAUGGAUUCGAGUCAUGACAAGAUCCUACAGAGUCCGAAGCUGAAUCUUGAAAACUCAAAAUUGUUCACCAACAGAUCGGAAGAACACUUUAUGCAGUAUCCCCAGGCAUUAAACUUAAAGAUGAAGCCAGACAAUGACCGGUACAACAACGUUAACAACGUUGAAACUGAGACAUGCCAUCUCUGCAACCGAAAGUUCAAGAGCACUAAGUGGUUGAAGCAGCACAUUCUGAAGGAUCAUGCCGGGCUAACGGCCUUGUCACCAACCAUGGAGAAGGCUUUCAACUUGGGAAGCAGCCAAUAUGCACCCUUGGAGCUACGCACCUGCUCAGUAUGCAGUAUUGUAUUCCCUAGUGAGAUGUCGAUGCAACUUCACAUGAUCCAAGAGCAUAAUGCUCAGGUCACAAUUAAAACAGAUGGUAAGCCCCAGCUAGCAAGCCAUCCUGGAGGUCUAUUCUCAGGGAACUUAAAAAAGUACGGCCUCAAACCCCGCUUCACAUUCUCUGUGAAGCAAAAAUCGUACAGCUGUUCUGUCUGCAACCACAAGAGCAAGUGGCUGUCGAACAUAUUAUCUCACGAACGUUCUGUACAUGGCAUUGACCACAACACCAAGAAAUUCCCGUGCAGGUCCUGCCGUAAGGUAUUCCGCAAGAGUCGCGUUCUACGUCAGCACAUGAUCAAGGCUCAUGGCGACUAUUCUCUUAGCGAGCUACAGCAGAAGCAAUACCGGUGUACGACAUGCAACGAGUCUUUCCGAACUGCAUUGGAAUGUCAUCAGCAUAUCCGUCGCGACCACAUCCGCGGGCACAGUUUCCACGUGAACAACCAUCGCAACGAUGUCCGUCACAAGUGCACAUCAUGCAGCUUCUCCACGCGAUUUAGAAAACAGUUCCAGCGCCACGUGCUCAGAUGUCACGCAUCACAAAAGGUCACAGCCACACAUGGGUUCUUAGACGAUCAGACAGUGACUGGAAAGCCCAACAUUUCGCUUCUAAACGUGCAUGCUGAGGCUCUGAAUGGAUGUGACAAUUAUACGAUGCAGACAUUUAAGAUCAAGCAGUGCAAUGAGGAUGGCGUGUUCGUGACCUCCAUUGUGCAGAUGCCAGUUCUGAAGAAGUUGAAGGACUCCACUUCAGUCUCAUUUCUGGUUACUCCGGUUGAUGCGCAGUAGAACCGAUGAUGUAGGCGCGAGCUAGAGGGGGUAGAAUCUCAAACUCUUUAAGGCAAUGCGUGUGCAGUGGUUAUCGUUAUAUUCCUUAACUUAUAAAUUAUUUACAUUAUGUGCAAUCCUUCAUUUAUAUUGUUAUUUAUUUUGGUCAGUUUAGUCAUGUUGUUUAUUUAUGAUGGUAUUUGUUUCUUUAUGUUUGUGUUUUUUAUUUUAAUUUCUGAUGUCGAGUGAUAUUGUUUAUGGUUUACUCUUUGAACACUUUUUUAUUAGAGAUUAUUAUUAAGAGAAAAAAAUCAUUGACAGUGUCUUAACAUAUAUUGGUCAUCUAGCAAGUCAAAUAAAGGAGAUUUUGUAAUUCUCAUAUACUGGUCCAGCGGAAUGUUUUUAUAUAAUGUUAAACCUCCCAAGCAAUCUUCAAUUUAACCAAGAAGAAUUUAGAGAAAUUAAAGGAGUCACAUUGUUGAUAGAAGAAACUAAUGGUUAAUGUUAAUAGUAUUUCCAUAAUUCUGUUCUGACCUUACUUAAAAAAAUCUGUGACUUAAUAAUCAGUGUAGUGUUACACGUAUACAUAUUUCACUGCUUGCUAUAUGAUUUUACUAUUGAGAGUCGAAUUACAUGUAUUUAACCCUGUUCGAGGUUAAAGUAUCAGUAUUAAAAAGGAUGUGUUAUGUACCUCAGCGACAUUGAGUACAUAAAAGCAAUAGAUGUUUAUGUAAAUAUGGUUUAUAACUGGCCUCUUAAAAGAAUGUAUAUAUGCCUAACUACUCAAGAUUUGUUCAAUCUUGAAGUAAACUAACAUGCAUUUUGUGUGUCUAUGUACAUAGUCUUGUCAGAACAUGAGAUGUGCUGAACUGUUGUUGUUGUUUUUUUGUUUUAAACUGAUAACAGAAAUUACAUAUACUUGAACAAGUAUUUUGUCCCUCAGGAUUAAUAUCAAUUUAAUAUCUGUAUUAUCAUUUUGCAGUAAAUUUUUUAUCAUUCAGAAAAUACCUUAAAUCAGUUACAUGGCAUUAAGUUAAUUUUGUAUUAAUAUUGAACUUGUUUAUAAAUAAAUGACGGUUGAUUGUCAAAAUUACAUAGCAAUUGUUAUUGUGUAUCUACAUGUAAGUACAAUGCUACACAUUUAUGACAAUUAAUGUGUUUAUAUCUGUCAUGAACAAAACAUGUCAUUCUGUCAACUGUGACAUAAUUGUUAUACCUGAGUUCGGUCACUUCAAUAGAUAUGUGUAAUAAAAGUUUUAGAUGUCAGAAUAUUGUGGUGUAUUAUUUUAUCUACUAGGUGUCAAUAUCAAAAGGAGGCUUGUAAUUACCCACCCUUUCUUUAACUUCAUACAAAGAAAACAUCUUAUUAAUAUAGGACAAGCGUAUAAUUUAUAUUCACUAGUGAUCAUAUAAAUAAAUGUUUCACAUAUUGGAUUAGCCCCAUCUUAAAAGGGUUUUAAUGAUUCAACUGAAGAGCUGUAAAGGAAUAAUUACAUAAUUAUGUCAGAAUAGUUUUAUUAUUUCACACAUUUUAGUCCAGACUUUUUGAAAAUCAGUCGGCAGUAUUUAUUCUAGAACAAUGAAAUAGUUCAUAAAGUGAAAUAUUGAAAAAUAUGUAUUUCAUAAUGUUUUACCACAAUUUAUUUACCUUUUGAAACAUCGAAUUAACUAUAAAAUUACUGAUAUGCGUUUCUUAUUUAACAGUGAAAUCACUUAUUAUUUACUUUUGACUUAUGAAAUAACUUAGUCAAUUUAAAAAGUAUAAAUAAGAAAAGUUUUUUAGCAAGUAUUUAAAGAGACAUUUAAGUUAAUCUUAUCUUGUCAUUUUAUUCUUAGCAUUUCGUGGGAAAAAUACUGCUGCAGUAGUUGUUAAAUUGUUAGUUAUGUUUUAAGUGAUUUUGAUUUGUUAAUAAUAUGGAUUUCCAUCAAUUGCACGCUUUUGAGACGAUACGUUGAUCUUGCAGAAUGGGUUUGCAUGUGUUACCAAAGCCACUAGUCAAUGUUAUUUUUACAUUUAUUCUUAUAUAAACUAGCCUAUAACAAUAUGCAUUGAUGAAAAGUUUAAUAAAUUUUCCAAUAUUAUUAUAUUAAAUGUAUAACAUGGACGAAAAAACUUAUUAACAAUUUCUGUGGAUACUAUAAUUCUGAUGUUUUGUUUUGAAAAAUGUAAAAUUGUGCAUGUCUGCGCUUGUUAAAAAUCGUAUUUUGUGUCCUUAAUUUCCAUGUAGAUGUUAUUUACUCUGGAAUUCCCUUGGAACAUUGUGAUAAAGUAACUUCUGGAAUAUUUCCUCUAUUAAACAAGAAUUUUUCCAUUAUCAUAUUUGUUACCUGUUUAUUCCCUGUUUGCAUUACGUGUUGCGAAAAAUAAUUUGUUAUUCAUUAUAUAAUGUGUAUUGAUAAAGUACUCACUUUCAUCUGUUUCAUAAAUAUAACAUUGUUCAUCACAACUAACACUGUCUUGAUGCAACGUCACUCUCCGUAUGACCAAUUUAAUAUUUAGAAUAGAACUUCAUAAUUGCAUCUUAUUAUUUUAAAGCAAAUCUUUUUGAAAACCCUUGCUUACCGGUAGAUAAAUAUUAUAAUCUGAUAAUUAAUAAAUCAUCAAAUUCUAUUCAAUAAAAAUGAUAACUUCGGAUACCAAAUUAAACCAGUUAUAUUAAAUUGAUUGUUUUCCACAUGGCAAAAUUAAAAAUGCCAAAAAAUGCUUUUUUUAUUAUUGUGUUAUGCUGGACAAAACCCCAUGGCUUUUGUAAGAAAAGAAACCUUAGUUAACAACCAUGACAAUAGUAGGAAGGAUUUUCAUACAAAAAAUUGUUUUUUGCUAUUAAUUAAGCUUUCAAAUGUAUAUGUCCCAUUUCAGUGUUAAUACCAUAAUAUAUGACUCACAUGUACUAUAUUGUGCAGCUAAAUUGUACCUGGACAUUUCCAUAAAUGUUUGUAAUUUGAUUCCAUGUGUUUACCCCUUAUUUAUGUUUGGGUUAUUCAGUUUUCAUUAUUAUUUUUUGACGUAAUUAUUGCAAUGCGUCUAUGUAUAAACUUAAUUUGACCUAGUGUUUUGACUGGGCAAAAAUUUAUAGUUGAGUUUCUUAUAAGUAGUUGUAGCUUUAAAUAUGAUUGAGCAAGUUUGGUCAGUCAACCCAUUUAUGCCUAGCGUCUAGAAAAAAGGCCUUGGCAAACAGCGUAGAGCCAGAUGAGACACUGCAUGAUGCGGUGUCUCAUCUGGGUCUGCGCUGUUUGCUAAAAGGAAUUUCUGUUAGAAAUAUUCUAAAUAUAGAAAUUAUUAUACUAGACAUCCCUAAUUUUGGAAAUAAAUUGAUCCAAUUUAGAAGGAUGGGAGAGUCAACUAGGCAUAAAUGGGUUAAUAACAGGUUGGAAAUGAUGAUUGAAUAGUAAUUAGAUUUCGGAAGCAUUAUACACAUGCAUGUUUAAUUGGGGAUUAAUUUAUUUGUACAUAUAAAUGCCAAUGUCAAUGUUAUUAGCUAUAAUACACAUGUAGAUUAUUAUACAUUUAGAUUAUGAUUUAUUGUGUCUAUUGUAAUUCAGACUUUUAUAUAAGCCGUUCAGUUAAUUUGAUAUUAAUUUAUGUGCAAGAUAAUACUUUAAAAGUUGGAAUUGACAUGUAAUUUUAUGCAAAUCUUGUCAGAUUAUUAUUUAAAAAUAUUUUAGUAUAGUGUAACUCUAGUGGACUUUUUUCCCCUACGCCCACAUUAUGUGUUCCCUUUGCCAAUAUAUAAGAAAAUUGACAAAAUUGGAAAAUGUGUUCAGGCCAUUUGAGAGAGAGUGUAUGUAUGUUAAUGUAUUAUUAAUAAUUAAUAUAAUUACUUUUAUUAAUAUUAUUUUUGAGGUUGAGUUUUUAAGUGCAAAAAGGCUGUAUCGGUAUAUUAUAUAUUGUUGUAGAUAUUUCAAAUUUGCCUUAAAUCUUCAACUCGUUUUCCUGAGUGAUGUGACAUGGACUGUUUUUAAUUUUCAUUCAUAAUUAUAACUAAUAUAUUUUACACAAAUGUCACUUUGUUGAAACAUA